AGAGGCAGCUGCUGAGGCAGCCGGAGCCGGACCCAGGGCAGCCUGGCAGGUGAGGCUGGGCCAGCAUGUUGGCCUGCGGGUUCUGGAGAGCUAUCAGCAGGGCGCUGUUCGCCGAGUUCCUGGCCACGGGACUGUACGUGUUCUUCGGGGUGGGCUCAGCUCUGCCCUGGCCCUCGGCGCUCCCCACAGUGCUGCAGAUCGCCAUCACCUUCAACCUGGCCACGGCUGUGGCUGUGCAGGUCACCUGGAAAACCAGCGGGGGCCACAUCAAUCCUGCCGUGACUCUGGCCUUCCUCGUGGGCUCCCAAAUCUCCCUGCCCCGUGCCGUGGCCUAUGUGGCUGCCCAGCUGGCAGGGGCCACUGCGGGGGCUGCUCUGCUUUAUGGGGUCAUCCCAGGAGACAUCCGAGAGACCCUUGGGGUUAACAUGGUCCGGAGCAGCGUCUCAACAGGCCAGGCCGUGGUUGUGGAGCUGGUUCUGACCCUGCAGCUGGUACUCUGUGUUUUUGUUUGCACCGACGGCCGGCAGGCAUCGGGCUCCCCAGCCACCAUGAUGGGGAUCUCUCUGGCACUGGGGCAUCUCAUUGGGGUCUACUUCACAGGCUGCUCCAUGAACCCGGCCCGCUCCUUUGGCCCCGCCAUCAUCGUUGGGAAGUUUGAGGUCCACUGGAUCUUCUGGGUGGGACCCCUGGCAGGAGCUGUCCUGGCUUCCCUGAUCUACAACUUUAUCCUCUUCCCUGGCACCAAGACCAUGGCCCAGCGACUGGCCAUCCUCAUGGGUAGUGAAGAAGUGGAGAAAGUGGCAGAAGAGGAGCCCGAGAAGAGAGAAUCCCAGUCCAGUUCAGGGGACACAGAAUCGGGGAACACGUGUCAGACACCCCAUCCAUGGGAACAAUCCUGAGAGGAGAAGGUCCUUAUCCCAGCCCCUUGUUCAUGACCUGGGCCAUAAGCUCUCUCCAGCCUCAUUUGCAAUUUUGCCAGGAUCCUCAAAAAGCUACUAAAGAAGUCCCAAGGAUGGUAAGAACUUAGGAAUGACCCAAGAAACCAGAAUUUGCAGUUCAGUGCUUCUGAAGGACAGCAAGCCUCAGUCGGUUUGUUAGUAUUUAUAAGCUGCUGUAAAUACUGUCCCCCCAUGACUUGGGGCUCUAUGGAUCUCAGCUUCCCCAGCUAUAAAAUGGGCACAGUCCUCCCCUAUCGCCCGCUGUCAAAACAAACAAGAGACUGGAAAAUGUUUUCGGAAGUUAAAAUGUUAGAAAAACAAACCCAAUAAACGAUGAUUAUUGUCACUGUUACUGUAA